AAGGACCGGUGAGAUGGUUAAUGGAGCAGUGCACACUCCCACUGCCCUUCACUCGGACAGACCUGCACUUUCUGGUUUAUCCUGUUUUCAUGGAGAGACACUAAUGGAUACUAGGGAAAUUGCAGGGAUCAGGAGAGAAUGUGUCUGUGGACCUAGCAGCCGGGUUUAUGGUAUAAUCCAGCACAGAUAAAACUUCAUUGCCGCCUAUAUUCAUUCACCUAGAGCUUCGCAAAUGUAUUUGAAACAUCCUCCUGGCCAGAUGUGUCGAUUUUCAUCGUCUUUGCUCAGUCAGUGCUAAAAUAUUCCCCUCUAGCAGCCUCUAGCUAUGUUUUCGAAGCAGUGACUGUACCACUGUUCUUCAACAUUCAGCAAUGAGUAACCGCAUGUUUACACCUUAACUGAUGUAUGUUUUGCCCCUGGUGGGAUGCCUUGCCCAGAUUUUACCUACAUGGUGAUUUCCCAGAUCUCCAGGAGAUGUUAUUUUGUUUUUAAUCUCCAUAUAUGGUCACGUUUUACGCUUUAAAUUCUCUAUCCAAAUCCAGCUGCGUUCCCAUGGUUACGGACCUGCUUGUAUUGAGAAUGUCUGUAGUAACACAAUUCUGAGCCCGCUCUGUGGCAGAAGAAAAUGGAGUUUGAUAGGUAUCAGUCUGGCACAAAUAAAGACGGAGGGGCGACAAGCGUGAAUCCAGUCUGAGUGACGAUGGAUGGAUAACAAGUGUCAGCCUGUGUAGGCAAAGGGAGUGGAAACUGCCUGCCAGCUCUUCAUGCAGGAAGCUUCCGGAAACCUGGCUUCCACUCUGCGUAUGGGGGUUGGCACCCAGAGCUAACGGCAGAUGGACUGGCUGCGAACGAGCGAUGAGGUUAUGCUGGUCCCCGCAUGCAAAACACCCCUUGGACACUGCAAACCCUGUUCUGCGUGCACCAUGAUGGGAUGCCUUACUGCCACAGACCCUGUUACGCGGCUCUUUUUGGGCCCAAAGGUGUGAAUAUCGGGGGGGCCGGAUCCUAUGUCUACGACACCCCUGUCAGCUCCGGCCUAAGCAGCCCACCCGAGGAAACUGCCCCCAAACCCCAGGAGAGGAAGGCCUCUGGCCCGCCGAGGGGGCCUGUGAAGGCUGCAAGUAUCACCACAUUCUCAGGAGAGCCAUCUAUAUGCCCCAGGUGCAACAAGAAGGUGUAUUUUGCUGAGAAGGUGACUUCCCUGGGACAGGACUGGCACCGACCCUGCCUGCGCUGUGAGAGGUGCAGCAAGACCCUAGCGCCAGGAAGCCAUGCGGAGCAUGACGGGCAACCUUACUGCCACAAGCCAUGCUAUGCUGUCCUCUUCGGACCCAGAGGGGUAAAUACCGGGGGAGUGGGGAGCUACAUCUACGAGAAGAUGCCCAGCACUGAAACACACCCAUAGACUUCUGUUUACCCCCCCACACCUUUCUCCGCAUCCCUCCACCAACCACCCCCCC